AUGCUAAUACUAACAUACCUGGUGGAGCGUUUAGCUGCGGCCAAUUGGCGCCAAGUGAAACCGAUGCAUCUGCUGCGCUUCGACGAAUAUUCUGGCGAUCAAAUGUUUAUGAGCAUGGAAGCGGAGCAUGUGGAAGACGACUUGCCCUCCAGUGACAUACAAGCAAUGGAUCGAAUUUUUGGCGGUAGUGUUGCACAACGGCAUGCUUUUCCCUAUCAAGUGGGUCUAUUGUUGCAACGACCGAAGGGUCUAUACUGGUGUGGUGGCGCGUUGAUCUCGGAUGAGUAUAUUUUAACGGCGGCACAUUGUGUUGACAUGGCGAAGCGCGCUUUGGUAUUCCUGGGUGCUCAUGAGAUUAAAAACGCCAAUGAAGUAGGUCAGGUGCGCAUUAUGGUGAAGCGUAACAACUUCAUUAUAUAUCCAACGUGGAAUCCUCGCCGACUCAAGAAUGAUAUCGCUUUGGUGCGUUUACCCAUACCAAUUCAUUUGAGUGCCGUAUCAGAACCAAUAGUUGACGCUUUGCCAGCGGCAGGCGUUUCUUUGACCGCCUACGAAUCGCAGAACUUUAGAGCAUUGCAUGCCGUGUUUUCGCCCAGCGAUGUCUGA